CUGCCAUCUGUGCGACCAGAUCACCGUCUUCGUCUCUGUCUCUCGAGCCCUUUAGCGAAGGGAAAGCAGAGCAACGCACAAGAAGCACACGCGACUGCGCGACUCGUUGGUGCGCCGGCCAAAUAAGCCUAACCCACUGGCGAUGGCGGCGGCUGAGUGGUGGUGCUGGCCGCUGCCGGCGUGGCUGGGCUCCGGCGCGGCGUGGUUCGUAGUCCUGAACCUCGUGGUGGGCGCCAUCUUCGCCCUGUCGUCCCGUGCGCAGCCGCAGUCGCCCCUGCCGCGCCGCGGCGGGAGCGGCAGCGGGAUCACGCGCAGGGCCUCGUCGGCGGUGCUGCAGCGCAUCCGCUCCUUCAACAUCUUCUCCUUCCCGUCCUCGUGCUUCCACACCGCGGAGCCGAGCCCGGGCGCCACCGCCACCUUCCGCGACGAAACAGAAGACGCGGCGACGGCGAGGACGAGGUCGCCAUCGACGCCGCGUCCACCACAACCGCAAGCGGCGGUAGAGGACGACGACGUGGAAGACGAGAGCUCGAUGAGCAUGGACGAGUCGUACGCGCUCGUCCUAGCGGGGCGGCAGCGGGCGCCGCCGACGGAGGAGGAGGCGGCGGGGUCCGAGGUGGACGCCAAGGCGGAGGAGUUCAUCCAGGGGUUCAAGGAGGACCUCAGGCAGCAGCGCCUCAAAUCCAUCUUCAACUACACCCAGAUGCUCAAGCGCCGCGUUGCCGCCGGCCGGCCGGCUGCCGCUCCGUGAUCGGCUCACGUGAUCGUUGAAAGUUCACAGUAAUCCAGCUGCGAGCUACUCAGGAUUGAGUCGUUGUCCUGGACGUCGCCGUCUUUGAUUCACAUGUUCAUUGAUUCAUUUGCUUUAUUUACAGAGAAUUGUUUCGUGUGUUUGUUUAAAAGUGAGAGCUGUCCUUUUUGAGUUGCUUGCUCUCGUGUA